GAUAUUGUAGAAAACGUAUACGUGAUAUUGCAUAUUGAUUUCACAAAUAAAUAAUAUACACAAGACAAUAUUUUAAAACCAUGAGAUAAACAUUUUUUUAUAUUAUUAUAAUUAAAUCAUCUCAUAAAAAUUGAUAACUAAAGAAUUAUCUUUUUAUGUUUGUAUUAUAAAGAAUAUAUAUUAUUUUUCUAAUAAUACUGUUCGAAAAGGUUUCGGUUGACAAUGGCCGAACUUCUUUUGGAUUCAAAUAUUCGUGGAUGGGUAUUUUUACCCAUAGUCGUCAUUACAUUUCUAGUAGGAAUUAUUCGACAUUACGUUUCUAUAUUAUUGGCUUCGCAGAAAAAAGUGGAAGUCCAUCAAGUACAAGACAGUCAAGUGAUGAUACGAUCUAGACUUCUUAGAGAAAAUGGUCAGUAUAUUCCGAAAUUUGCAUUUAUAAUGAGACGACAUUUCUUUAAUAACGAAGAAACAGGAUACUUUAAGACACAAAAACGUGCACCUGUAUCGCAAAAUCCAAUGACUGAUCCUAACAUGAUGACAGAUAUGUUAAAAGGAAAUGUAACAAAUGUUUUGCCAAUGGUCCUUAUAGGUGGUUGGAUAAAUUGGAUGUUCUCUGGAUUUGUUACAACUAAAGUCCCAUUUCCUUUAACAUUAAGAUUUAAACCAAUGUUACAACGAGGCAUAGAAUUAGUCACUUUAGAUGCUGCAUGGGUUUCUUCUGCAUCUUGGUACUUCUUAAAUGUAUUUGGAUUACGUUCUAUCUAUACUCUUGUACUUGGUGAAAAUAAUGCUGCCGAUACAUCUAGACUUUUACAAGAUCAAGUGUCAGGUGCAGCAAUGUCGAUGCCACCAGAUCCAAAAGCAGCUUUUAAAUCUGAAUGGGAAGCUUUAGAAAUAUGUGAACAUAAUUGGGCAUUACAAGGAGUAGAUACAGAUCUUACAGGACCUCAUAGUAGGCUGGAUACAAGUGAUAGUAUAUAUCAUCAAAAUAAAACUUAAUAUUCUACUAGGCUAAAAAUAAAUGUUUUCAUAAAAAAUAUAGUAUAUUCUGAUGAAAUACUGUGGAAAGUUCAACAUGUUUCUAAAAACAUUAAAUUAACGAUUUAUAUCACAUAAUUAAUAUAAUAUGAAUAAUUUAUAGUAAUUUAAAA